AGGCGCAUCCGUUUUUUCUCUAUUAAAACCGUCAAUAAGAAUAAUUUGAAUUCAGUCUGACUAAUUAUUCCAGUCAGAAAUGAUCUUCAAACUAACUUUGCUUCUGUCACUGGGCGCAGCAUUGUUCGACAAUGCAGAGAGUCAUAGGGAUUCGGUAUUGAAUAUCGGGUGGCUUUUCGACAUGGAAGGCCGAGCCGACAAAAAAUCAAACGUUUGUGAAACUGACAAUUGCAAAUUAAUUGCUAAAGACUUUUUGGAGAGCAUGAACAAAUCUGUGGAUCCUUGCGAAGACUUUUACGAAUACGUCUGCGGGCAAUGGACAAAUGAGGACCUUAUUCCACCGUGGGAGUCUACUUGGUCUGUCUUUAAUAAGUACCAAUUGAUGGUUUCUGAACGAAUUAAAGGAAUUUUGGAAACAAAGCCUGAACCAAAUGAUAUUUUGCCAGUAAGACAGGCCAAAAAAUGGUAUCGUUCAUGCAUGGACACUGAGACUCUUGAAAAAAGAGGCUUGAAACCAAUCGAGUCAGUUUUGAUCCAAGUAGGAGGCUGGCCCAUGAUCAUCGACGCCGAAGAAUGGGACGAAAAUGACCAUUCAUGGCAACAAAUUGAACAUUAUUAUUUUGACAUCACUGGUUCUUAUACCUUCCAUAAAAUCACUCCAGCCUCACCAGUUUCGGAAACUUCUGAUUGGCCGUCGAUUUUUCAGUUUCCAUUCGAAAGAAAGCUCUCGAGAUUUUCAGUUGACACCCAGUACGAAGUGUACAUUGAAGAUCACCUUGAAGAGUAUUAUGAAUUCAUCAAAGGAGUUGCUAAAGAGUUCACUAGAUUCAACAGUGCAUAUAUUUCCAAGGAAACUAUGGCCAAAGACAUUAAAGAUCUGAUAGAGUUUGAAGUUGCUUUGUAUAAUCUGGAACUUGAUGAUGAAGUAAAAACUGUUGAGGAGUUUUUGAAUGAAUAUGAUGAAGCUCUUGAAGAAAUCGGUUGUGAUGAUUUGAAGAAAAUUAAUUUCCAAGAUAUAAUUAACAGAGUAUUUGAUGUGAUAAAUCAAGAAGUAAAUGAUAAGACAAGGAUCGAGCUUGCGACGCCAAAGUAUUACGCUGAAUUGACGAAAUUGCUUAAUGAAACUCCGAAAAAAACAAUAAUCAAUUACAUUCACUGGAACUUUGUGAGAGAUAUGCUCGAGUACACGACAGAAGAAAUGAGAAGUUUGAAGAACCAAUUAGAGGACACCGUUUAUGAAGCCGUUGAAAAGAAGCCGCGAUGGCUUCAGUGUACCGAUGAGAUGAAAAUGGUCAGAGCGUCAUCUUACGCGUUUGUCCAAAAGUUUUAUACUAAGGAAAUCGACAAAGAAGUACGUGAUAUGACAGAAAAUUCGCGAAAAGAGUUGGAGAAUCUUAUUGACAAAACGAGCUGGAUGGACGAAGAAACGAAGAAACUGUCGAAAGAAAAACUUAAGAAGAUGAAAAUAUUCAUUGGGUUUCCGGAAUGGUACAAGAAUAGAACUUAUGUUAUUAAUUCUUACAAAGGGUUAUUAAUUGGAUCAAAUCUCUUCGACAACAUACUAAGUUACAGAAAGUACGAAAUGAAAAAAGCUUUGUACAACGCAUUCGAUCCUACCGAAGAAUCUGCAGAUCCCAAUGAGGAAAUCGACCCGACUAUAGUCAACGCAUUUUACACCCCGGAUCAGAACAUAAUAGAACUACCUGCGGCGAAUUUCCAGCCUCCGUUGUUCACCUCUCAAAUUCCACGAAGCGUUAAUUACGGGAUGGCGGGUACUGGAAUCGGCCACGAAAUGGGCCACGGAUUUGACGUCCAUGGAAUAAAUUUUGGAGAUAACGGUACCACGACCCAAAUAUCUUCCCAAAUGUUGUCAUUGUACUACAAGCGCGCAGAGUGCUUUCUCGAUCAGUACAACAAUUAUAUAGGAGCUUCAGAGCCUGGUUACGCGAGCUGGCUCAGGUAUUUGUUUAACUACCAAGGAAAUAGUUUCGGCGCGAGAACUCAAGACGAGAACAUUGCGGAUGUUACUGGAAUCCAAGCUGUUCUUGAAGCAUACCUCAAGACACUCGAAAAAGAGGGUCCAGAUACAAAACUUCCGGGAUUUGAAGAGUAUAAUGACAAACAAAUGUUUUUCAUUUCGUUUGCCGCGACUUGGUGCGAAGCUGCAACGGAUGAAGGGGCCGAACAAAAUCUCAAGUUAGAUGUCCACAGCCCAGGUCGCUUGAGAGUUAUCGGAUCGGUUUCAAACACAGAAGCCUUCGCAAAAGAGUUCAACUGCCCAAAAGGCAGUCCCAUGAACCCUGAAGACAAAUGCACAAUUUGGGAAACCGAUUCUGGACAAAGUCUCGCCAGGCAUUCAAGAUUCCGCAAACGGAAGCGCAUUUCAAAGAUUAAAAACUGAUGAAAUUGAUUUUGUCUGUAUGAAUAGUUCAAAUAUGUCAUGAGUUAUAAUUUUAAUAAAACAUUAACAGAA